AUGCGAUGCUUCGGCUCACCGGAAUUUCGCAGCCCCAGCGUGGUGCGGCCACCUGCAGGAUCUCCUCAUCCUCGCCAGACACUGCACGACCACGAGAUCCGAAUCAGCCGACUUCCUAACUUGCUCCUGCUUUUACUGGCAUUUCUCGGGAUGAGUCAAGUGAAGGGAGACUACGACUACGCUUCGGCGAUACGACUCAGCUACAAGUUCUACGAAGCGCAAAGAGCAGGGCAGUUACCCGACAAUCAUAUCCCUUGGAGAAAGAGUUCUUUCUUGAACGAUGGAAGAGACAAAGGAAUCAAUUUGGUCGGUGGAUACUUCGACGCCGGAGACUACGUGAAAUUCGGUUUCCCGAUGGCAUAUACGACCACCGUGCUGGCCUGGGGAAUGGUCGAAUACGCGAAUGCCUACAACAAGGCCGGCCUUGCGGCGGCAGGGAGAGCUCAACUCCGAUGGGCCACCGACUAUUUCAUUAAGGCUCAUCCUUCGGCAAAGAAGCUCUUCGGUCAGGUUGGGAAAGGAGAUGUCGAUCAUUCGUAUUGGGGUCGACCAGAGGAUUGGCCGUCCAACAUGGAAAGACCCUCGUAUUUCAUCGACGAAGACUCUCCAGGAUCGGACUUGGCGGCGGAAACGGCAGCAGCCAUGGCUGCAAGCUCCAUGGUGUUCAGAGGAAACGACGACACCUAUGCGAACACCCUCCUUCGGCAUGCGAGGGAACUCUAUGCCUUCGCCGAUGAGAAUAGAGGCCUCUAUUCCGACUCCAUCACCGAUGCUCAGGAGUUUUAUCCGUCGAGCGCAUACGAGGACGAACUGGCAUGGGCGGCAGCAUGGCUGUAUCGGGCGACCCGAGAAACGUCUUACCUGAAUGAUGCCGAGAGGAAAUACGUGGAAUUUGGGCUGGACGACCGACCGUCGGAGUUCUCUUGGGACGACAAGAAUGCCGGUGUUCAAGUACUUCUCGCGGUGUUGACCGGGAAGACGAAAUACAAGACGGCAGUUAAAACCUUCUGCGACUACAUGGUGAACGAGGUGCCUAGGACUCCGAAAGGUCUCGUCUUCAUUCAGAAGUGGGGAGUACUUCGUCACGCAGCUAAUGUCGCCUACGUCUGUCUCGUGUUUGAUGUCCAUACCAGUAAGGUGGUGAUUCUCUAUGAUAUGUAUUUCUUUCUUGUCUUCUUCUGUAGUUCUUGUCCGACUGUUCAGGCGUGCGGUGGAUGUCAAUGCAGUUGGAGUUAUUUUUACUCCCCGAAUCCGAAUCCGAAUCUCCUCGAAGGGGCUCUCGUCGGCGGGCCGGACAAGCAAGAUCGUUUCAAGGACGAUCGUCACCUAAUGUAG